AUGACCGACGAAUCAUUCUACAGUUACUACAACCUAAGAAAACAUCUUGGGAGCGGUGGUUACGGUAUGGUGUGGGCAUGCGAGGAGAAGCAGCGGCCCGGUAAGAUGAGUGCCGUGAAGAUUAUAUCUGAAGCGAAGUGCAGGCGUAAAACUUACUGCCCUACUCGUGAUUGCGAUGUGCCUGACGAAGUUGCACUUUGGAUGCCCCUUUCUCAUCCUCUCAUCCUUUCCCUCAACGAUGUAUUUUACGAAAGCUUCAGUAGACAUUGGUACCUUGUCACAGACUAUGAUCCUGACGCUUAUGAUUUGUUUCAUUUUGUAGACGUGAAUGGCCGUCUUAAUUCAAAAGAUGCUGCCAACGUUAUCAGUCAAAUUAUCGAAGCUGCAUACUACCUGACCCAGCAAGGGGUGGAUCACAGGGAUAUCAAAGACGAAAAUAUUCUGUACAAUUAUAAAACAAGGCAGAUCAAACUCAUCGACUUUGGAUCCGCAUCGAUCCUCACAACAGACUCCUACAGAAGUUACCAAGGGACGGACGUUUAUCUACCUCCAGAGUACUACCACUUUAAGUGCUACGAUCCAUUUCCGGCUUGUGUGUGGUCCAUCGGGUGUCUUACCUACGUGUUAUUUAAUGGAGACUGUCCAUUUAAUACUAAGAAGGAUGUUCAAGAAUUCGAAUCCCUGCAGUGGAAGGUUGACAAGAAGACUCUCAACAGUCAAGGGGUGAACUUCAUUGAAAUGUGCCUUGAGGUGGACCCCAAUCGGAGGAUCGACCUGGGAUCCUUGAUCCAUCAUCCAUGGAUAAAAAUGUACAGUUGA